AUGGCUAAAAAUAGAAGCAGCAGCAGCAGCAGCAGCAUCCGUAGAUGCGGCAGCAGUGCUGUAACAAAAAAGGCUAGCAGCACGAAAUCUGCAGCAGCAGCAGCAACAGCAGCAGCAGCAGCAGCAGCAGUAACAAGACAAGGAAGCGGGAGACCAAGAGGGAGACCUAGGGCUGCAUCUGUAGGUGUCUUGGAUGCAGAGGCAGAGAAACCAUCGCAGCAGAAGCAGCAGCAGCAGCAGAAGCAGCAGCAGCAGAAACAACAGCAGCAGCAGCAGCAGCAGCUAAAGAAGCAACCAUCAAAGAAACAGCAGCAGCAGCAGCAGCAGCAGCAGCAAAAGAAAAAGAUAGAAGAUAAGAAAGAAGCAGUUAAGGAAGAAUCUAACAAACAAAGAGACGAAAGAAAUAAGAAAAGAAAUGAUUCUGCUGCUGCUGCUGCUGCUGCAGCAACAGCAGCAGCAGCAGCACAAGACACAACUAAAAGGAGAGCAUCAUCAGUAAAAGAAGAAAAAUCUAAGACUCCUGCUGCUGCUGCUGCUGCUGCUACAGACAGCAGCAGCGACAACGGUAGCGAGGACUAUAGCGAACCUAGCAGCAGCAGCAGCAGCCGCAGCAGCAGCAGCAGCAGCAUCAAGAAACCUACUGCAGCAGCAGCAUCCAAGAAAAGAAAAGAAUCAGCAGCAACAAGUGCUGCAGCAGACAGCAGCAAAAAUAAAAAUGAUAAGCAGCAAGACAAAAGACAACGCCGUGCAUGCAGCAGCCGCCGCUAA